CGACGGCAGUCAACAUAUGGUUUCUAGAGUCCCAAUUAUUACCAUUGUAGGCAUUGGUGGUAUGGGUAAAACAACACUUGCCCAACUUGCCUUCAAUGAUCAUAAUGUGAAAACUCAUUUUAAUAAGAGAAGGUGGAUAUAUGUGUCUAAAUCUUUUGAUAAAGUGAAGGUAGGCAUAGAAAUUCUUAAAGAAGUUGGUGGGAACAAUGAUAUACAUAUCCCCUAUGGCGGAAAUAUUUCAUGGGAAGUUGUGUGUCAUCAAUUGUUUACCUCUAUAUCCCGUGAGCCUUUUCUACUUGUGCUAGACGAUGUGUGGGAUGUGAAUGCCAUGGAGUGGAAUCCAUUCAAGCAUUUUCUUAGAUUUGUUUCUCCAAAAAGUAGAAUUAUUGUUACAACAUGCAAUCAGAGGGUUGCAGACAUGAUGGAUAGAACAAAUGUCCAUAGGUUAGGAACAUUGUCUGAUGAAAGUUGUUGGUCAUUGUUGAGGUAUCAUGCCUUUGGUGGAGGGAAAAAAGAUGAGUGCAAGAAAUUGGAAGAAAUUGGCAUGAAACUCGUAAAGAAGUGUAAUGGAUUUCCUCUUUUUGCAAAGACAUUAGGAAGUCUUUUAUAUUCCAAAAAGUUGAAAAAUGAUUGGCAAUAUGUGUUGGAAAAUGAUGCAUGGAGGUUAUCCCGUUUUGAUAAAACAUUCUUGUCGGCUAGGUUACAAAGCUAUUAUGGUGAUUUGCCCUCUCAUUUGAAACAGUGCUUUGUGUAUUGUUCUCUCAUCCCAAAAGGUUACUUAUUUGGCAAAUUACCCACAAUCAGAGAAUGGAUCGCACAAGGAUUUCUUAGUGACAAGUCAGAAGCGAGCGGUGGAGAUUUGGAUGAAGUAGGUGAUGAUUAUUUCAAUGAUUUGGUCAUGUGCUCAUUUUUUCAAAAAGACGUUAGAUAUUCGAAAGGUAAAUUUGAAUAUUACCAAAUGAAUGAUCUUGUCUAUGAUUUUGCAAAAUCCCUUGUAGAGAAGGAAUGCUUCGUUUUGAAGAUUAAAGAUACUAAUGCUCAGGAGUUGAGCUUUACUGAAGUCCGCCAUUUAUUUCUAUUAAUAGAAAAGACAAAUAUGAUUCCUUCUUUCAUUCACAAGGCAACGAAGUUGCGCACCCUUAAAAUCAAUGGACAGAUUCCUUUAGUUUCUUCUGAGCUAUUUUGUCACUUAACAUGUUUGAGGACACUAGAUUUGGGGGGUACUUACCUUGAAGAGCUUCCAAAUGAGAUAGAGAAAUUGGUACAUCUAAAAUACCUCAACUUGGCCGGGGCAAGGGUUAGAGAACUACCUGAAACACUGACUAGUAUGUACAAUUUGCAAGUACUGGAACUGUCCGCAUGCAAGAAUCUUUUCAAACUACCUGAAGGGAUUGGGCGAAUGGUCAAUUUGUUAAAUCUUGAUUUGACAGAAACUCUUAGACUGAGCUACUUACCAGAAGGAUUUGGGAGAUUAAGUAGGCUAUGUGGUUUGUCAGACUUCAUUGUUGGUGGGGUAAAAGGAGGAGGAUGUAAGAUUGGAGAAUUAAAAGAUCUUAACUUCUUAAAAGGUUCUCUACGUAUAAAAGGUUUGGGGAGAGUGGAAGAUGAAAAUGAGGCUAAGAUGGCAUGCUUGGUGAAUAAGCAUCACCUUCGUGCGGUGCAUUUCUAUUUUAGCCAAUCUACUAGUCUUUCACGAGUUAAUGAGGAUAUCAUUGAUGUAGAUGAAGAUGAAGAUGAAGAAGAAGUUGAUGGGAAAGGUAAAACAAAAGAAGAAGAAGGAGAAGAAGAAAUUUUUGGAGGAGAUAUGUUAUCGAGGAGGAUGAAGGAUGUGCUAGAAAGUCUCCAACCGCACCCAAACCUUGAGAAACUAAAAAUUAGGGACUACCCUGGGGCCGAGUACCCCAAUUGGAUGGGUAGUAAUGCAGACGUCAUGUUCUUUUCCAAUCUUAUUUUCUUGGAACUUUCUAGGUGUAGUAACUGUAAGCAAUUGCCUCCAAUUCUAAAGAAACUACCAUUCCUUGAAACCCUUGUACUUGCUAAAAUGGGUAAAGUGAAAUCCAUAGGAGUUGAGUUUUUUGCCAUUGACAAUGCUACAGAAAGUCUACCAAAAAAAGACAGUGCUAUAGGAAGUGACAAUAAGGUUGACAUUAUAUUCCCAAAGUUGAAAGUAUUUCAGUUGGAUGCGAUGUGGAAUUUGAAAGAGUGGGAUAUGGGAGUUCAAUAUGGGAAAAAGUUUAUCUUUAUGCCGUGUCUCCAGUAUCUUCUACUUAUUGAAUUGCCCAAGUUAAAGUCCUUUCCACCGCACCUUACCCAAGCUACAUCCCUGAGGAAGUUGUUCAUAUGGGAGUGUCCAAAGUUGACUUGGAUGCCAUCUCCAUCCUCUCAUCUUCCUUCUCUGGACGUUGAAGAGUUGGUUUUAAAAGAGAAUGCAGGUUCAUUUUCAAAAACAUUUGUAUCAAACAACCACAUGUUUCUUCCAAAGCUCAAGUUACUGUGUGUGAGAAAAUCACCUUACUCAUCGUUACCUGAAGGCUUAGGGCAACUCACAUCACUUCAGAUUCUGGAUAUUCGAACCUGUUCUAAGAUCAAGUCAAUUCCUGAGAGGGAGUUGCAGCAUCUCACUGCACUCCAAGAGUUGAAGAUCAUGAGAUGUCGUAACUUGAAACUAUGCUUCCUAAAGGAGAUAUGUGAGAAUUGGAGCAAGAUAUCCCACAUCCCAAAAAUCUUUAUUGAUGGGGAGAAGAUCGAACAAGUGGUAACUUCCAGACUAACAAGAGAUGGAGGAAAAAGAAGUGGACAAGACACAAUAGAUCAUAUACUUGAUGAAAGAUAAUCGAGAGUACCCGGCCUCUUCAACUCCUCCGUUGGAAUUCUCAACAUAGAAUCCACUGUCUACCAUUUGAUGAUCAGAGGGAGAGAGAAAUAGUACAAUUCUGUCAUCUCUUCUCAGGGAUUUGAGGUUCAAGGUAUCAGAGAAAUCGAAUGCUCAAUACCUAAUGCUUGAGCUGAUGUUGGAUGAAAACAAACGUAGCCUCCAUCAUCAUCACUAAGAUCAGAGCUUACUCUGCUUGUCAAGGUUUUGAUUCUAAGGAUCUAUAUGAUCGAUGCUUUUACUCUUCUGCACAUCAAAUCUCAAAUGCCUAAGAAUUUCGAAAUUCAAUUGUGAACAAUCCCUUUUGCCCACUACCAAAAUCUCAUGUGCCAUCAUGGUGAAUGCCACAGGCAUGGAAGUAAGCAUGCAAUCCAAUGAUCUGUGUUCAUGGCUGGCUCUGUGUUAUUGAGAAGCUAGAAGUUAGAGGUUUGUUUUAUAAGGGUAAAACAAAUCGAUCAAUCUUCUUGCUACUUAUUUGCUGUAUCUGUUCAUUUUAGAACCUUGUCUACAAGUAAUCCAUUUGUUGUCCUUCCAGUUUUGGCAACCAGCCAGCUGCCAGCGAGACUUCUUACUACAUUGAACGAUCUGGAGAUCCUGAAACUGAGAUUUAUUUACAGACUUUUCAUAUCUCAGUGAAUCUCGGUGGCUGUGUCUUGCAAGAAGCUCCCCUAAUUUACAGCAACCCCAGAUCAAUAUUUUAAAGACUUCUUUAACCCGGUGCAGUUUUCUCGGUUAGGAUUUGGUUUCUUCUGAAAUCAUCGAGCAAGCAGCCGUGGAAGCCCAAUCAUCCAUUCCGCACCUUCCUAUUCUCAUCCACAGCAGAACUCAGAUGUUGCUAGAGGCCGAGGAGGUCCAGUCAUGGUUACAUCAUCCUCCCGACCUUCAUCAUCUUCAACCAUGGAUCUUCUCAGCCUUUAUGAAUAUGGUGUUGGGAUUUUUUAUUCCUCACCUUGUUAUGUGUCUCUCGAAUUCUUGAACUAUUUUGAAGAUUGACUCGCCCGGACAAAAUUUGGUGGCAACCCGACUUAGAGGAGUAUUGAUAUGUUAUAAUGUUUUGUUGUGUAAGUGAGAUUUGGAGCUUUUCGUGUUAGGGUUUCUAGGCGAGUGUUCUUACCGCGAGUUUGAAUGUUCUUGAGAGAUCUCCAUUGUAAUUUUUCUUCCAACUUAACGAAUCAUUUUCUUCUUUACCCGAGGACGUAGCACAUCACAUUGGUGUAUGAAACUCGUUAA